GCGGGAGGGCGGGGGGCCACACACUGCCUCGCGCCCCCGCCCCGCGGGUGUCUCGCGCGCAGCUCUGCGAGUGUGGAGAUCCGUCUGGCGCCUGCAGUGCAUGCCCGCGCACCCCGCCUUUCGUUCCCCGUUCCGCGCCCCGCGGGUCCUCCCACUCCCUCGGCUCCCUCCAUUCCCUGCAAACGCCGCCCCUCCCGCGCGCUGGCUCAGGCGCUGGCGCCGCCGCCGCCGCCGUCGCCGGAAAGUUCAGGAGCCCUGGAAAGGAGAAGGAAUAAGACGGCAGGAGGAAGAGAGAGAGAGGUUGAAAAGGGAGUUGGGUGUAAUCUCUCACUUCAAGGCCAGCCUGGUCUAGAGGGUAGAAUGGAAGAGUCUCACUUCAAUUCUAACCCGUACUUCUGGCCAUCUAUCCCCACAGUCUCAGGGCAGAUUGAAAACACAAUGUUCAUCAACAAGAUGAAGGAUCAGCUAUUGCCAGAAAAGGGCUGUGGACUGGCGCCACCUCACUAUCCCACUUUGCUGACAGUGCCUGCCUCAGUGUCCCUGUCCUCUGGCAUUAGCAUGGACACAGAGUCCAAGUCAGAGCAGCUGACCCCACACAGUCAGGCAUCUGUUACCCAGAACAUUACUGUGGUCCCUGUGCCAUCUACAGGACUGAUGACAGCGGGAGUCUCCUGUUCUCAGAGGUGGAGAAGAGAAGGGAGUCAAUCAAGGGGUCCUGGUUUGGUAAUCACAUCCCCCUCAGGCUCUCUUGUGACCACAGCGUCAUCAGCUCAGACCUUCCCUAUAUCGGCUCCCAUGAUUGUCUCAGCUCUUCCCCCUGGCUCACAAGCCCUACAGGUGGUCCCUGACCUCUCCAAGAAGGUAGCAUCAACCCUAGCUGAAGAAGGAGGCGGAGGUGGUGGUGGAGGUGGCAAUGUGGCUCCUCCUAAACCUCCUCGGGGCCGCAAGAAGAAGCGGAUGCUGGAAUCAGGGCUUCCUGAGAUGAAUGACCCUUAUGUCCUUGCCCCUGAUGACGACGAUGACCAUCACAAAGAUGGCAAGACCUACAGGAGCGAAGGGAACUGCGGCACAGGAAAUGGACAGAGCCUUGGGCUCAUGGAUUCAGUUCCCGGCUCCACCACGAACUUGCUGUGUGACCCUGGGUGCCGGAUGUGCUCACUGACCUUCUACUCAAAGUCGGAGAUGCAGAUCCACUCCAAGUCACACACGGAGACCAAGCCCCACAAGUGCCCGCACUGCUCCAAGACCUUUGCCAACAGCUCCUACCUGGCCCAGCACAUCCGUAUCCACUCGGGGGCCAAGCCCUAUAGUUGUAACUUCUGUGAGAAAUCCUUCCGCCAGCUCUCCCAUCUGCAGCAGCACACCCGGAUCCACUCCAAGAUGCACACGGAGACCAUCAAGCCCCACAAGUGCCCACACUGCUCCAAGACCUUCGCCAACACCUCCUACCUGGCUCAACACCUCCGUAUCCACUCGGGGGCCAAGCCCUACAACUGUUCCUACUGCCAGAAGGCCUUCCGCCAGCUCUCCCACCUCCAGCAGCACACACGAAUCCACACCGGUGAUAGGCCGUACAAAUGUGCACACCCAGGCUGUGAGAAGGCCUUUACACAACUCUCCAAUCUACAGUCUCACAGAAGGCAGCACAACAAAGACAAACCCUUCAAGUGCCACAAUUGUCACCGAGCGUACACAGAUGCAGCCUCACUAGAGGCUCACUUAUCUACACAUACGGUGAAGCACGCCAAGGUGUAUACCUGCACAAUCUGUAGUCGGGCAUACACAUCAGAAACAUAUCUUAUGAAACACAUGCGCAAACACAACCCUCCUGAUCUUCAGCAACAAGUGCAAGCGGCGGCAGCAGCAGCAGCAGUGGCCCAGGCCCAGGCCCAGGCUCAGGCUCAGGCUCAGGCCCAGGCUUCCCAGGCAUCACAGCAGCAGCAGCAGCAGCAACAACAGCCUCCACCACCACAACCACCACACUUCCAGUCACCUGGGGGAGCUCCCCAGGGUGGGGGUGGUGGGGACAGCAACCCGAACCCUCCACCCCAGUGUUCCUUUGACCUGACCCCCUAUAAGACGGCAGAGCAUCAUAAAGACAUCUGCCUCACCGUCACCACCAGCACCAUCCAGGUGGAGCACCUGGCCAGCUCUUAGAGAUCCUUACUGCCAUCCACUGGAAAGAGGGAGAAGUAGUUCUGGUCCCUCCUUUGUCAACUCCUCUUGGUGGGAAAGUUCUCUUCUUCCUUGACAAGUCCUGUCUCCAGCUCCUUGGUCCUCAGGCAUGGCUUCCUUCGCAAGAUAACCAUCCUUAAUCUCAGCUGCUCCUGAUUGACAAAGGGAUCCUGAGCUGAUAGUGUUACCCAACAGCCCCAUCCAAGCAGAGCUUUAAGACUGGGGGUUGGUGCUUGAGAGAGGAUCUGCUCUGGCCUCACAUCUUGUCCAGUGUGGGCACUUACCUUCCUCUCUUCUCAUCCUCAAAGUUGGGGCCGAUAGAAGGCUAGCGGCUGGUCCUCCCAGAUAAUACAGAAGGAAGCUCUAAAUGCAACCAACCUUCCGUUCUACGCUUACCUGUAAAAGAACAGGUUUUGCACGUGGCCUGACCCCUGUGAGCCAUUUUCUUUCCCUUACAUGGUCUCACUUCAUAUUGGGUGGUGACUACCUUUUUAUUUGUAAGGAGGCCAGUAGGCAAUACAUGGUCACCAAGGUGCCAGAGACUCUCCAGGUGACCAAGGGUGGUUAUAAGAGUGUGGGUAAUGUUUUUCCUUGCAGCCUCCUUCUCUGCCAACCAAGGGCCUAUAUACUUUGCCUCACCACACCAGUCCAAGGAGCUAUGGGAGCUAUGUUCUUUGUAAAACCCCAGCCAGGGUAUUGCAGAGAAGGGAGAAGUCAGGGCACAUACAAGGACUGGACUUAGCUCCCUAGGUGCCACGGUCAGAUGCCGGACAUGGAUUUAUAUAUAAAUAUAUAUAUAUAUAUAUAAGUAUAUAUAUAUAUACCUGCUCAUCACGGCCAUCUUUGUUGUAACCAUUUCUGUGUUUAUAAAUGCAUUAUCUCUGAGAAUUUUCAUAUUGAUGUUUUAUUUUUGUCUUAUUUUUCUCCACUUUGUCCUCUGGCCAUGGCAUUUUGAUUUUCUUUUACCUUUUAAUUUUUUUAAUCACGGCAGAUUUCAGAGAAAAGAAAGUUAAAAUAAUCAGGAAUUAUACAGUUGUUAUAAAGCAAUUUAAAAAUGAAAAAAAUCUUAUGUACAAACUAAGGGGUGUUUUUAGAACAUUGUAUAGAAAUAAAUUCAUGUUUAAGGAUGAG